AUGUUCAAAAAGUACAGCAAUAAGCUGGUUUUUACCAACAUUCUCCCAACAGAUGAGGAGAAGGUAGCUAUCAACUUUAUGGAGUUUCCAGAAGAGACAACGGUCAAAGAUGUGUUAGAACCACAAGAUCCCAUACAGUCGAGUCCCUCUGUACGUGGUUCUGAAUUUGAUGCGUUGAAGAAGGACGUUGCAAAUGUCCGCAAAGAUCUUAAAUCAUUUGAGAAAAAGGUCGGUGAACAGUUUGUUGACAUGAAAGACUACAUGGACAAGUCAAUUAUGAAUUCACUUAAAGAUCUAAAGUCCAUGUUUGGCAGGCAAACUGAAACUCCUGAAGCUAAGGUUAUUUAUCAAAAUUUGAGUUAA